CUGGGAGGUUCCUGACACCAUGUAAGGCGCUGAGGAGACGAUGCUGACUGCUCUUGUCUGAAGGACAUCACAUCUAGUUGCGAACAUGCACUGGCUGCCCUGGAGCGAGGAGACAUCGCGUUUUACCUAGAAGGAGGUGGUGUCCUGUGCUACGUCUCAGAGGAAGGACACUGAGUUUGGAAGUGGUUUUACCUUGGAAGCAAUGAGGAAGGGCGCCCCAGGCCACAUGAAUGGCAUGUGCAACGCUAUGGGGCGUUAAGUGUGGAUUCCUCUGCAAAUGCCAAGCACGUGCCAUAAAACUGGACCCUCCAAGGAGGGGUGAGAGCUAAGACAAGGACCCAGGCAUCACAACACAAGCGGCCUGGUUUGCUGGGCCCUGGAGUCUGGACCUUUUCCUGAGGGGCGUGUUCUAUUGAAGGGUUUUGAAUAGGCGAGUGACAUCAUCAGGAAGCCACUGAGCAAGUGCAGUCUCGCAGCCUGAUGGCAGUUGGAUGGGAGGUUAGGACCCCGCUGCCUGGUCCUGCUGACAAUGAACAUGAUGAAGAACUUCAAGCGUCGCUUCUCCCUAUCCGUGCCCCGCACCGAGACCAUCGAGGAGUCCUUGACGGAGUUCACAGAGCAGUUCAACCAGCUCCACAACCAGCACAAUGAGGACCUGCAGCUUGGUCCUCUUGGCGGAGACCCCCAGCCAGAGUCCAGCACCUUCUCCCCCUCAGACAGUGGAGAGGAGCCCGGGCAGCCGUCCCCUGGCAUGCAGUACCGGCGGCAGAACCAGCGCCGCUUCUCCAUGGAGGACAUCAGUAAGAGGCUCUCUCUGCCCAUGGACAUCCGCCUGCCCCAGGAAUUCCUGCAGAAGCUACAGUUGGAGAGUCCAGUUCUGCCCAAACCUCUCAGUCGCAUGUCCCGCCGAGCAUCCCUGUCAGAUAUCGGCUUUGGGAAACUGGAAACAUACGUGAAAUUGGACAAACUGGGGGAGGGCACCUAUGCCACAGUCUUCAAGGGGCGCAGCAAACUGACAGAGAAUCUCGUGGCCCUGAAGGAGAUCCGACUGGAGCACGAGGAGGGGGCACCCUGCACUGCCAUCCGAGAGGUUUCUCUCCUGAAGAACCUAAAGCACGCCAAUAUUGUCACCCUGCAUGACCUCAUCCAUACGGAGCGGUGCCUCACACUGGUGUUUGAGUACCUGGACAGUGACCUGAAGCAGUAUCUGGACCACUGUGGAAGCCUCAUGAAUAUGCACAAUGUCAAGAUCUUCAUGUUCCAGCUGCUCCGGGGCCUUGCCUACUGCCACCGCCGCAAGAUCCUACAUCGGGACCUAAAACCCCAGAACCUGCUUAUUAACGAGAGAGGGGAGCUGAAGCUGGCUGACUUUGGACUGGCCCGGGCCAAGUCAGUGCCCACGAAGACCUACUCCAACGAGGUGGUGACUCUGUGGUACAGGCCCCCUGAUGUGCUGCUGGGGUCCACAGAGUACUCCACCCCCAUCGAUAUGUGGGGCGUGGGCUGCAUCCACUACGAGAUGGCCACAGGGAGGCCCCUCUUCCCCGGCUCCACGGUCAAGGAGGAGCUGCACCUCAUCUUCCGACUCCUCGGGACUCCUACAGAAGAGACGUGGCCUGGAGUAACGGCCUUGUCAGAGUUCCGCUCCUACAGCUUCCCUCGGUACCUCCCCCAGCCUCUCAUCAGCCACGCUCCCAGGUUGGACACGGAUGGCAUCAACCUCCUGACCAGCCUCCUCCUGUAUGAAUCCAGGCGUCGCAUGUCAGCAGAGGCAGCCCUGAACCACCCAUACUUCCGGUCUCUGGGAGAGCGUGUGCACCAGCUCGAAGACACUGCCUCCAUCUUCUCCCUGAAGGAGAUCCAGCUCCAAAAGGACCCAGGCUACCGGGGCCUGGGCUUUCAACAGCCAGGACGAGGGAAGAGCCGGCGACAAAGCAUCUUCUGAGCCAUGCCCCCCCUGCUUCAGUCCAAAGGAGGAGAGGUCGCACUGAGUGCAACUGCGGGCAGGGUGUGGCCUGCGCGGCCCUCGGAGGACUGAAGGAUGAGGGCUAAGGCCAGCUCCAGACCCCUUGCAGCCCUGCUGGCCACAGCUGCGUCCUGACCCUGCUUCCCACGUGCCUCCCAGGUGGACUUGGCCCGGACACCAACCCCUCCAUCGCCCGCCCCGGGCUGGCCCUGAGCUGCUUCCCUGGGAGGAGGGGAGGGGGUAGGGAGGGAUUUCGGACCCAUUUCCACCCCGAAGUCCUUGGGCAUCAGGGUGGAACCGACAGGGACAGGAGAACCCAGCCGCUGGACUGCGCGCUGUACCCUGGACACGGGCACCACCAUGCCUCCCCUGGGGGCCCGCCUGCCUCACGACUCUGGCAGAGCCCCUUACAGGCCGCUUGGAGCCCACACGUCGUUCACCUUUCCCUCUGUGAGCAGGAAGUGACAUGGCACCUUUUCCAGGACCCUGGAAUCCUGGGUGCCAAUGUGUGUGCCAAAGCCCACCCUCUGCCUGAGGGGCGGGUGUCCCUGGAGCAGCAGGGGGGAUAGCAGCCCCAUCCCCCCUUCUCAUCACCCCGCCCUGUUUCCAUCCCCCACUCCUCGCCGGAGGCCCCAUAUGCUGCUGAAUGCUCGGCUGAGUCCAGAGGUAGCCUGGUACCGCCAGCGGUACUCCUGCCACCUCAGCUGGCCCCACCCAUUUUCCCAGUCGGAAUGGUAUUGCCUUAAGUUGGUAGGUGGUAGAGCACUCACUGCCCUUGGAGCCCUAACCCAAGCUCCUACCUGUCCACCCUUUCUGAGAACGGCUCCUGCUUGUCACACCUGAGCGCUGAUAAGCUCGCCCUGGACCAGGGCCCUGAGGACGGCACCCAGAUAUGCAGGGUCACCUUGACCCUGGUGCCAGACUGACCUGAGCUCCUUGGGACUGGUGUAGCCUCCCCGUUCCCUCCUUCUCAGCCUCCACAAAGGGUGGUCACAAGAGGGAGAGUGUACAUGCCACAGACCGAAGUAGAGAAUGGGACAGGACAGGCUUUGAUCCUGAGAGCCCCACCCCAGGGGGCCGGGGGGAUGUGGGGCUGCGGCCCCUGAAGAAAGCACUCAUCAGCACCCCUACGGAUCAUGCCUGUUAUACUCCCAAGGGUGCCUCAACACUUGGCUGAACCUUGAAUGGCAAGGCCAAGGGGAGGCCAGGCCCAGCCUCCUACCCAGCCCAACUCCCUCAGCCUGAGGAGCAGUCCUGGAGGGUCUCAGCCUCCCCAGGAGUCCCUCCACUUCUCCCCCAUUGUACUGUGAAUGUCCUGUGAUUCAGCACAAAAGCAGAUGAUAUAUUUAAUUCAUGAUGUACGGAAAGGAGCAGGCAGUCUCGUGCAGAAAAGCUGAAUUUGACACAUUGAUGCCAAAGACAGAGGCCUUCUCCAGGCCUCAGGAGUGUGGGUGGGCGUGUGCGCGCGCAUAUGUGUAUAUACAUAUAUAUGUAUAUAAAAAGUGGAGUGAGAGUUUGA